AUGUACCGGAUUUGCAGAGACCCAGUACAAAGAGGAAACCUUCUGGACACCAGUGUAGUUUCCGGAUUCUAUGAUGAUCACGUUGACAUAUUCCUGCAUGCCGCAAAUCUCAGACACGAUGAGAACAAUGAAAUUGAGUUAUGGCUUCUGCGAUUGGCUGUCCUUAAUGCCAUCAUUGAUCCAUGGUUGUAUAUUGUCUUAAGAAAGGAAUCGCUACGCAAAAUAGUUGAGAUUUAUCGACAUUGUCGGGGAAGGCAAGAGUCUGGAAGUAUGAAUGAACGCGAAACGGACGCUCUCUUACUCUAG